AUGGACGCUUCCACUGGAGGAGUUCCCUUGUCACUGGUGGUUUCCGAUGAUGGCCUUUUUGCCGCCCAUAUCAGUGGAAAGGACCUGGUCGUUCAUUCAAAACCUACUGCGGAGCAUAAAGACAUGCAGGCAGGAAGAAUCAAAGAGACCACCGUCAAAUCUCUCAAGUUUUGUCCUUCAAGGACUGCAAAGAACAACCGCCAUCUACUUAUCACAAAUGAGUCGCACAUCUCGGUCUGGCAGCUGGAACCCCUGCAAAUCGUGGCCGAGAUUGAAAAUGUCGAACCUGGUACCUUGAACGUUGAAUUUGGCGGAGACGAGAACGAAGUUCUUGUUUUUCAUGCAUGGAACAACAAAAUGGCAAUUCACUCAAUAGACAAUGGUCGAACUUCUGUGAUCAAGACCCCCAAGUUCCCCCACCCUCUUGGAUUCGGAUACCGCCCAAAAACCAAACAACAUCUUGCCAUCAUCUUAAAGCCUGAGGCUUCCGAUAUUCUUACCAUUCACGAACUCCCAUCCUACGAGCUUUUGGAUCGCACAGUUCUUCCAACUAUCGAUGCCCAAGGCUUGAAGUGGAGCUUGGAUGGCAAGUGGAUUGCUGUGUGGGACACCGCCAGCUCUGGCACCAAGGUGCUAAUAUUGACCGCCGAUGGUCAAAUUUUUAGAACAUAUGAUGGGCCAGCCGGUGUGGAUGAUUCCUUUGAUCUAGGCGUCAAGCAAAUUGAAUGGAGUCCCGCAGCUGGCCCUAGCGGUGUCUCGGAGACUCUCGCUGUGGGCAAGGUCAAUGGCAAUAUUGACCUAUUACGAACUCGCACAUUCUCAUCAUCAACUACACUUUCACACGUUUUCCCAACGGACCUGGUCUCCCCAGCGGACCAGAGCCCUCUAAGCAUCUGGCGUGAGCGAUCAACAAGUGCCAUGGGCGACGCAGAAUACGCCGAGGCAACAAGCUCUUCGGCAAUAAACAUGAGCCCCGAAGCAUCCGGUCCACCUCGAGGCGUGGCCAUCAUGACGUUCAGCCCCGAUGGCACUCUUCUCGCAACUGUAGAUACCAUGCGCUCAAAUGCUGUCUGGAUCUGGGCUUUGGACGUUACGCCCAGGCUAGCGUCUAUCCUGGUUCAUGAAAAUGCUGUGCGACAGGUCAUUUGGCACCCUUCUACGCCGCAACUGCUCAUUAACACCAUCACAAAUAAUCUACCCAUCGUACGGUGGUGGUCGCCUCAAAGCCAUCCUGUGAUCGCCCGAGUUCCUACGCAGAAGAGCGAAAGUGGCAAGUAUGAAGUGAAGUGGUUAGUUGACGAGGAGCAUGAUUCGGCGUUUUGGUUUGGAUCAUCGGAGGAAUAUGUGGUCGGCUAUCUUUCUGCCGAUGAAAGCUCGGUUCAGUUUGAAGUGUUGAAUUUCUUUGCCAACCGGGGUCCUCCUACUGGGAGUAUCAGCCGGUAA